GGUAUCUGUGUGACGUAAUCUGAUUGCGGAAGUAAGAUCCGGCUCUGUUGAUAUGUAGGACAAGUGUUUGUUUUUUUUUAAUAAAAGCAGGAGUUCUACAAAUGAUUUAAACAUUAUAGCUGGAUAUUUUAAAAAAGCUUUAGACACUGAAGAUGGCCAAUACAGACUUUCUUCUGCAGUUUCAAGACUUUGGCGAUGACGCGGGUGUGACACACCGGAGCGAUGGAGCCACUGCGGUCAGCAUGGAUGACGAGCCCUUCGGGAAAUCUCCCACACAGCGGCGAGCGGCAGGAUCCGAGGACCAUCUGCCGGGCGGCAAUGACCAAACCGAGCUUCUCGGCAGUGAGAGGAAAAGUGCUGCGUUCUGGACUCUGGAGUUUUAUCAGACGUUUUUCAACGUGGACACGUAUCAGGUGAGAGACAGAAUCAUCAGCUCCGUGCUGCCGUGGCGCGGAAAAAACUUUGUUCGCCUUCACAUCAGGAACAACCCCGACCUCUACGGACCGUUUUGGAUCUGCGCCACGCUGGUCUUCGCCAUCGGUGUGAGCGGGAACAUGUCCAGUUUCCUCGUCCACCGCGGAGAGUCGCACUACAAAUACGUCCCGGAGUUCAGGAAGGUAACGAUGGCCGCGACAGCGAUCUACAGCUACGCCUGGCUGGUUCCUCUCGCACUCUGGGGCUUUUUAACCUGGAGAAGCAGGAAGAUCUGCAGCACGCUGUCCUACUCCUUCCUGGAGAUCGUGUGUGUUUACGGCUACUCGCUCUCCGUCUACAUUCCUGCUGUGGUGCUGUGGGUGGUACCGAAUGAGGCUCUCCGGUGGAGCUCCAUCGUGGUGGCUCUGUGUUUGUCCGGCUCGGUUCUGGUGCUGACAUUCUGGCCGGUGAUGAGAGAUGACAGGCCGCGGGUCGUCCUCGCCGUUCUGUCUGCCGUCGUCACGCUGCACGUUUUACUCGCCAUCGGUUGUAAGAUGUGUUUUUUCAGCACUUAUGAAAGCGAGACUGCUCAAAAACCUGCAGCAGAAACCAACGUGGCCCAAAACCUAACAGCCACAAAGACACACUGAGUUGCAGGUUCUCUCGUUGCCUCGUUCUCCAGGAUCGGGUUUCACACAGACGAGGUCGUAGGUCAACCGAACGAAACGAGAUCAGGAGUGUGUGCGAGUGUGUGUGUGAGUGUGUGUGCGCGCGUGUAUGUUUUCUGACAAAGUUACUGAUGUACACUUUGUUUCUUUCAUUUUUAAAAUUUUUUAUUUUUACAUGGAACGUCUAAUACGUCGCUAAUCAGACUUUAAAUAAACCAUGUGGUGUUUGUAGAUUUGGGUGAGAGAUUAUAUAAAGAGCAAAAUACGAAUGUUUAUGUCAACUUGUGUGUGUUACAAUUAAACGAUGUCUUCCAAAACA